CGCCAUCAUCCGGCGCGGUGUUUAGAGUCCACUGAUGUCGUGGCGCUUUGGGGAAUGAAGUUGGUGUUCCGAGGGGCCCUGGUGCUGAAGACGCGGUCCGGGUGACCCCUAACUCUUUUCUACCACCCUCCCCCGCACACCUUUUCCCUCUCUCCUCUGGCAGGAUGAGGCGUGCAGGCUUGGGUGAAGGCGUACCCCCUGGCAACUAUGGGAAUUAUGGCUAUGCUAAUAGUGGGUAUAGUGCCUGUGAAGAAGAAAAUGAGAGACUCACUGAAAGUCUGAGAAGCAAAGUAACUGCUAUAAAAUCUCUUUCCAUUGAAAUAGGCCAUGAAGUUAAAUCAAAAAAAUUAUUAGCUGAAAUGGAUUCACAAUUUGAUUCUACAACUGGAUUUCUAGGUAAAACUAUGGGAAAACUGAAGAUUUUAUCCAGAGGGAGCCAAACAAAGUUGCUGUGCUAUAUGAUGCUAUUUUCAUUAUUUGUCUUUUUUGUCAUUUAUUGGAUUAUUAAACUGAGGUGAUGCAAGUAAAUGUGAGUUUGGAAUUUGUUCCAUCUUAAUGGCUUGGAUUACUACUUUGAUAAAAAUCAGCAUCAAAACAUUCCUAAUUUUCAAAUACUAUGGCCUUUUCCAUUGAAUAUUCCUGAAUCUUGCUUGUUUUAUAAAUCACAUUAAACGACAGUGCUCUUUGAAUACUGUUUCUUGAUAACUUAUUUUAGCCCCUAUUUUCAGGGGUGUUGAGAUGGUGUCUCUACCAUUUUUUUCCCUACUGUUUGCUAACUGUCACAUUAAAUAGCAUUAUAGUAUUCUGUUGUUAACAUAAACAGGUUUAUAUUCUAUAUAAGGAAACUUAGUGGUAGAGUAACAGAAUACUUGUAGAGCCUGAUUCUAAACUCUUAGAUGGUGAACCAGUGAUAGAAAGGUAAUUAAAUUUUCCUUAACUGUCAACUGUGAUGAUGUACUCCCCUUUCCUCCUUUAUUUAGUUAAAAUUGUAGACCGAUUGCUUUUUAACUAAAAUCUUCCUAAUAAUUUUUGAUGACAUGGCCCUCUUUCCUCUCUGUCUAGAGACCUCAUUCAUUGAAUAAAGUUUGUUAUUUCAGCAUUUUUCUAGUAAGGCCCAGUGCACAUAUGUAUCAGUAUAGUUAUUGUUUUAUAUUAACUUUGUAAAUUUCAUUGACUUGUCUUAUUAUAGUUUUAUGAUUUUUGGUACUUAGAUAUGCCAUUUGAUUAUCACUUGUGACAGAAUAAUGUGAAGUUAACUAAUUGCUAACCUCUGAAUGGAAAUAAAAUGUUCAAGAAAAUUAAUUGCUUCUGCUUUAUUAUAUGCUCAAAAUAGAUAUUGAAAAUACUCAGGCAUUAAACUUGGAGUUAAGGGUAUUUUUGCUUUAAUCCAUUGUAUUUGUUUAUGAGAAACAAAAUGCAAAGGUGGACUGUUGAGUAAAAAAGAAAUAUUAAAAUAUUGUUAAAUACUCUGUAUUGCCACUAUUUUGGAAUUUACCUAUUUAUGGGCUCCAAAAAUAAAUUUUUAAAUAAAAUA